GAGCGGAUGGACCCCAAGACGUUCUUUGCAAACGAGCGCACCUUCGCGCAGUGGCAGGCCGCGGGCAUGCUCCUCCUCACCGUCGGCAUCGCUGUCACCAAGCUCGAGGAUUCAUUCGACACCGACCAGCUCGGCGGCAUGACCGUCAUCGGCUGCUCGCUUGUGAUUAUGCUGUACGGCCUCGUCUCUUUCCUGCACCGGCUCAAAAAGAUUAAGCGCAAGGACCCGACCGGGUAUGACGACCCGCUCGGCCCCGUCGCGCUCAUCUUCGUCCUCUUCGCCGCAGUU